AUGGAAAAAGAUCCGAUUGAAGAAAAAUCAAAAGAACAAAAAAAUUUUGAUAAAUGGAGAAAAAGUUUGAUGUAUAUAACAGGUUUAGGUUUAUCAAUAGAAGAUAAAAAAAAAAUCGAAAAUGAAUUAGAAAAGGAUUUAGAAGAUUAUCAAUGUAAACGAUGCGAAAAGUGGAGAGAUAUAUUAAUGAGAAAUAGUCCAAUAGUAACAUUUAUGUUAAAAUCAUUGGAAGAAGCAGGUUGUAAAAUUGAUAAGAGACAUUUACAGUGUAAACCAUGUGAUGAAAGUCGUAGCGGUGGAUUUUCUCCUGAUCAUGGAAUACUUUUAUGUCAAAAUAGAUUUUUUAGUAAAAAACAUCAAGAAGAUACUAUGGUACACGAGAUGAUACAUUUAUUUGAUCAUUGUAAAUUUAAAGUUGAUUGGAAUAAUUGUUUACAUCAUGCCUGUAGCGAAGUUAGGGCUGCUAGUCUUAGUGGUGAUUGUAGAUGGACUCGUGAACUUCGUCGAGGGUUUUUCAAUUUCACAAAACAACAUCAGGCUUGUACAAAAAGACGCGCAAUACUUUCCGUAAAACAAAACGAUGCAUGUUCAGCUCCUGGUGUAGCAGAACGUGCGGUUGCUGAAGUAUUUGAAAAUUGUUUCAACGAUACACAACCCUUUGAUGAAAUUUAUUAG